UGCAAGCUAAGUCUAUCCGUCCUUCAACUUUCUCCAUGUUCAGAGGCUCAUGAGGAGGAAGGAGGAGGAGAAGAAGAGACCACUCAGGAACAUGAUGCUGAAGAAGAGACAGACGAUGGAGGAGAAGCUAAACCCAAAAUCCCAAAACCUUUUAUGUUGCCGAACCUGGUGCCGCUAAAGAUUCCAGAUGGAGAACGAGUUGAUUUUGAUGACAUCCAUCGCAAGCGUAUGGAGAAGGACCUGAAUGAGCUCCAGACGCUGAUUGAAGCUCACUUUGAAAGCCGUAAGAAGGAGGAGGAGGAAUUCAUCAGUCUUAAAGAUAGGAUUGAGACACGGCGCUCGGAGCGAGCAGAGCAGCACAGGAUCCGCAGCGAGCGCGAGAGGGAACGACAGAAGCGCCUGGAGGAAGAAAGAGCUCGCAAGGAGGAAGAGGAAGCCAAAAAGAGAGCGGAUGAUGAUGCCAAGAAGAAGAAGACGCUCACCGGUCUGUAUAUCGGUGGUUACAUGCAGAAGUUAGAUAGAAAAAGUGGAAAGAUGCAGACUGAGAGAGAGAAGAAGAAGAAGAUUCUCAGUGAUCGGCGCAAACCGUUGGACGUUGACACUGCCAGCGACUCUGCUCUCAGGGAGAAAGCAAAAGAACUGUGGAGCUGGAUGUGUCAACUAGAAGCAGAGAAGUUUGAGUUACAGUACCAGUUUACCCAUCAGAAAUAUGAGAUCAAUAUCCUGAGGAACAGAGUCAGUGAUCACCAGAAAAUGACAAAGAGAACCAAGAGAGGCCUCAGGAAGUGAAUGCUGUGCUGAAAGACGGACUUGACUCCUCACAAACCCACAGAGAUCAUGAAGAGAUUGUCCUGGAGAGCUGUGUAUAGUAGAUUCUGAUUCUUUUAGUUAGUCCUCACUGAAUAAAGACUGUAGAUUUUGAAUGAACAACUAAACAAAAAGAAUAAAAAAUUACAAAAAUUUCAAGCUUCAUGUAAAUGCAAAACAUACUUAUAACUAUAAUUACACCUAAGAAACAAAAGGUAUUCAUGCUUAGUAAAAAGGUAAUACACAUCUUCACAUGAUGCACAAUAACACACACUCAGCUGCUCUCUGUUAAUGUCCCCUUAGGCCUCUCUGUAGUUUCAGGAUCAAAAAGGUCAGGAGAUUCUCAUCUCAAAUGAUUUGCAUAUUAACAUCUGGGACAGGAACAUAUACAACACUCACUGUUCUGCUAUUCACAUUCAUUGUUUGCUUGAGCAUCGACAAGGGCCCAUCUGAACCAAAAGUCAGUGCAGAACAAGUAUUGUUUUUUGAAGUAAUAUUUGCACAAAACAAGGAUUCCAUUAAUCAUGGGCAGAACAUGUUAUGAUAUGCAUAGAUGCCAUUUUUGGUGGAUUUUCAGUCCAGUGUUUAAGCUUUCCAAUAUUGUGUCAAGACCGGAGGAACUUUUAUAAUUGCACUGUGGAAUGUGUGUGACUCAUAAAAGCGUCUCCAAGCUCGUCGCCCGCCAUUUCUACUGUAGGGUGGAGAUCUUGAGUAAACAUAAAUCAAGCAGAUCAAUUAAUACAACUGCUUUCUUGAGAAGUGAUAAAUAUCUGCUUUCUGAUGGCGAAAAUACUUUCCAUAAUCUGUCACAAUGUACAAUGAAUACAUAUGUUUGAGGUUUGUUGGCCUUUUACUAAAAUCACAAAAAGAAAGUCUUGUCAGCCAACGUGCCAUAUUUCACAUAAUGAUUGAUGAGGUGAAAACUGAAUGAGAGGGUUUUUCCUCCUCAAUAAAUCAUCUUUCAUAUUCACUCACACUGUAAAUGUAUAUAGAGCUUAUACUGAAAAUAACUGACAACUUAUUAUUAUUAUAUCACAAAAUUAAUACAUUUAUAUUUAAAAAUACAGGUUGUAGGACCUGCCACUAGAGGGCGCACUACCAAAACAAUAACAAUCGUGUGGUUUGAUGACGCUAAGAAGGAGCGUGGAAUGAUGGGAUUUGUUGUCUUCUACCCAACCACUGACAUCCAUCAAUCAGACGGAAAGAUAAAUCAUAGAUUUAACACAAGUUCAACGAUUUGCGCGAGUAGAUUAUAUACAAAGUCAAUGCAAAGACGCGAUCAGACUAUGGAUCAGACACAUCCUCGCGCAGGUCUAGAGAUGCGAUGCCCCGCGUUUGGCGUGUAUGCACCAUAAUACUAAUCUUGUUGAUCGUUAUAAUAGCAUACGUUUUCUGUGAAGAUACGAAUCAAAACAACUCACCUGUCGAGUAAAACACAAGCGAGAUCGGCAUCUCUUUCUAGUUGAAGUUUGUCGCGAAGCUACUUCCGCAUUUGUCCACGAAACUGUUGUCAUGUGGUUUCUACGUUAGUAAAGGCGGGAACAAAGAGUAACUAACAUCAUUGACAGGUGACUGCACUGCCCUGUGUCAAUGUUCAGAAUGGGAAUUUUCUCAUGAUUUACGAG